UAUCUAGUGCGCAUAAACUAGUGUACGAGUGUACAGGAAGGGACGAGCCAAUGGGAACACGACCAGAGUGGAUUAUUAGGAGUCGCCAAAGCGGUGACGUAAGAGGCAGAGACGUCGUCAUGGCGUCGACGGCGCUGCUGAGACCGGAGCUGUGUUUUUAGUUCAGAAACGGGGUUGCGGUCGACGAGCCGUCGAGAUGGAGAGAAAUGCGAGCCUGCACGGAGACGCUACGGCAGGAGAGACGAAAGCUGACAGCGCGAACGCUGAGCUGUCGGCCAGCAGUUUGGGUCCGAGUUGCACAACAAGCGCUACUACUAGUACUACUACUCCUCCUCCUCCAAGUGCUAAUGCUAACGCUAGCGCUAACGCCGCGUCUCGCGCAGACAGAGCGGAUGUUUGUGAAAUGAUGGAAGCAGGCGGAAAGCUCGUGCAGUCUGGAGAAGAAGCGGAUAACGGGCUGGGUCACGGUGCGCGUGAGCCUACGACCGGAAGUAAUGACGCUCCAAACUCCAAAUUAGUAAACAAGCCGAGCAGAGAGGAGCCCUCUAUAGGGACUACAAGUGCGCGCGCGGAUCUCACGGUCCAGGAGGUCCAGGAGGCGAGUAGUAUGUGUGCGGACAGCAAUGCUGCCAAGGCCAAGUCCGAGUCUAAUGAAGGCACCCUGUCUCAGGGUCUGCCCAGCCUGGACUCCCUCGAGUCCUUCUCUAAUCUAAACUCCUCCUGCCCCAGCUCUGAGCCUGUCAGUGAAGGUUUGGAGGAUCAGGAGAAGGGACUGGCAGUGGUCCCUCAGGGCCAACAUGGGGCAGAAGGGGGCAAAACUCAGACCUGCAGGGAGCGAGGUGGUGCACGUCAGUCCAUCUACCACAUCAAGUGGAUCGGGUGGAAGGAGGAGAACACACCUAUCAUCACCCAGAAUGAGAAUGGUCCAUGCCCUCUGCUGGCUAUUAUGAACGUGCUGCUGUUGGCCUGGAAGGUCAAGUUGCCGCCAAUGAUUGAGAUCAUAACAGCAGAGCAGCUGAUGGAGUAUCUGGGAGACUACAUCCUUGAUGCCAAACCAAAAGAGAUCUCUGAGGCUCAGCGUUUGAACUACGAGCAGAACAUGAGUGAUGCCAUGGCCGUCCUCCACAAGCUACAGACAGGUUUGGACGUGAAUGUGAAGUUCACAGGUGUCAGGGUGUUUGAAUACACCCCAGAGUGCAUCGUCUUUGACCUGCUCGACAUCCCACUGUACCAUGGCUGGCUGGUUGAACCCCAGAUGAGUGAUAUAGUGAAGGCAGUGGGGAACUGCAGUUAUAACCAGCUGGUUGAGAAGAUCAUCAGUUAUAAGCAGUCGGAGAACAGCGAGCUGGCUGGAGAAGGCUUCGUGGCGGAGCAGUUCCUUCACAGCACGGCCACGCAGCUGACCUACCACGGCCUGUGUGAGCUCACAUCCACUGUGCAGGAGGGGGAACUGUGUGUGUUCUUCAGGAACAACCACUUCAGUACCAUGACCAAAUUCAAGGGCCAGCUGUACCUGCUGGUAACGGAUCAGGGCUUUCUGACUGAGGAGAAGGUGGUGUGGGAGAGUCUACAUAACGUGGACGGAGACGGAAAUUUCUGCGAUUCAGAGUUCCGUCUGAGACCCUCCGACCCCGAGAGUGUCUACCAUGGCCAGCAGGACCAGAUCGAUCAGGACUACCUGAUGGCACUGUCGCUGCAGCAGGAGCAGCAGGUUUCAGAACUGGGCUGGGAACAGCUUCCUGAGGGCAUCAGUGAUCUGGAGCUAGCGAAGAAGCUGCAGGAGGAGGAAGAUCGCAGGGCAUCAGAGUUCUAUCAGGAGCAGGAGGAGGAGCAGGAGCAGGCUGCUGCAGCCGCACAGGCCCAGGCUCAGGCAGCAGGUGGCGCUGUAGCAGAAGCAGCAGUCGCAGCCCCAGCAGGAGGAGCAGCAGUGUGUCCCAGUCCAGGAAAGCACAGUUCCAGCACAGAGCGCAAAGCCAAGAAAGAGGCCAAGGACAAGGAUAAGUGUGUGAUCCUGUAACAGCGCUGCAGCCUGCAUCACGGUCUGACUGAAACGCAGAAGGCUCGUCAUUACACACUGACUCAGAGCUGCACAAGGAGUGAGAGAGCGUGACGGAGGAGAGGAUCCGCUGUUCCUUAGCCACUGGUGCCUGAUGCUGUUUGCUCUCUGAGCUCUGAACACACAGCAGAGCGGAUCAGGAGGAACAAACUCGCACUGCGUCUCUGAUCGAGCUCGCCCGACCUUCCUUACAGCCGCACGGUGCACUGCGCUUGUCUGGAGUGACCUCACACGCUUCAGGAUGGUGGAUUUUAUAGCAAAACACACCAGAAGGAGAAAUAACGGCACCGUUUUCUUUUUUUUUUUUUUUCUUUUUUCUUUUCUUGAUUUCCAUUAUUGCAGUUGUUUAUAAGAUGUUUUAUAAGCUGUUUUAUAGCCGAUAUAUAUAUAUAUAUAAUACACACACACUUCUUAUACGCAGAGAUGCAGUUUCACAGGCAGGAUCUUUACACUGGGACAGAGAGGACGCAGCAGUAGCAGGACUACAUAUCACACUGUAACAGUGUUACACGACGUGCCGUUCAGCUUCUGGGCUUCUGCGGAUCAGGCCAAACUCGCCCUUCACUUGAAACCGUUGCUAUUAUGCACUAAAGUCUCGGGUUGUAGAUCAGUCUGGGUUAGAGGUGGGCGAUACGGCAAAAUAUCACUCAUGAAAAAUAAUAUCACGAUCAUUUGUUUUAACAAAGUGCCAGUAAAUCAGUAGUGCCACGUUGUAAAGAUCAACAAUGAAUCGGUUGGUACAAAAGCAGAUUUUAUCACCACAGCCUGUUAGUGGAAGUCAUAUUGGAGUUUUUAACAAGGAACCAUAAGACGACUUGUUAAUAAGAGGAUGGUUAGCGCUCUGGUGAUUAUUUUCAGAAAACAAACCUCAUAAUAUCGCCCACCCUAUACCCAGUUUGCCAUCUGGGUUUUUAAAAUUUAUUUUAUUUAUCCUUCUCCGUAUUGCAUCUCGCUUAGAACUAAUGUCUCCUGCAGCCACGAGUUGACGUUUAAGAUGUACUUAUCAUGACGUUGGGUCUCUCUUCGCUCCCUCUGUGUUUUUUUUUAAGACAUGCAAGAUUGUUGAAUGCGGCGCGUACGUAGAGCGGUUUGGUUUGCCGACCCCGUCGUCCUGCAGCGCUCAGCAGCAGCCCCCGACUUUCCCUGCACGUUAAAGCGCACUCCAUUUCACUAGACACGUUUCGGUCCCUGUGAGUUGCCACUUUAAUAUGCUGCCACUUUCUGAGCACCUGCUUCAGUGCUGUUUUGGAUUGUACCAGAUAACUUGAUACGAUUUAAGCCUUGUGUUGUUUUCUCUAUCGCUCGUGCCACAGCUUCUGCCGUUUUCUGUUGACGGUAAACGUGAUGGCACUAUGUAUGUAUAUAUGUGUACCACUCCACCAUAGCGGCGCAGUGUAACUCGGCACGUUAUCCGUGUGACUGCCUUCUCCUGACGAACUUUUACUCUCGAUAACAUUCCAACAGGAUGUUUUCACUCACGUUGAGAUGUACACACACACACCCACAGUUGCUCAGAUGAGGGACUGCAGUAGAGGGUCAGAUCCCAAUCCCAGCCGUGAGGAGACUCUGCUCACGUUGGAGCUUUCUCCCCGACACACCUCAAGUGUUUUUAAUGCACCUCUGCUGACGUCCUCUCUGUUUCACCUUGAAAUGAAGACUUUAGGAGAUCUUGCACAGAACGCAAUCCGAUUGGAUGUCAAUUCCAUUCCAAGUUGGUAAUAUAUAAGUGGAAAAAAUAUUUUGAUUUACUUUAAAAACCAUGUUUUAUGUGCCGAACUAGCUCGACCUGCAUGGCCCGUGCAUGUUACUGAGGGCCGGUGUCCCGAGCAGGAACCGAAGCAGAGCUCAAGUUACAUUCAGUCAGUGAAGUGUUAGGUGUGAACACUUGCUAGUGAACUUGGCCACUGGUACUUUUGACUGAAGUUACUAAAGAGUGUCGUGAGUGUUGUCGACAGAGAGGUGUUUUAAGAACAAUACCCGAAGUAUACCAUCAUCUUAUGGCUUGUCGGGACAACCAGGGAAGAAUUCAUUGAUGUGGCUUAUUUGAACAAAAUAUUUUGAUCAGAUGUAUAGGUUUUGUCCCUGGCCCAAGUGUCCUACCCAGUGGGCUUGUUUGAGGGGUGUGUGUGUGUCUCCAAGGUCUGAGAUUACAGGUAUAGGUGUGUGAGGCAUUUUUGUCUUAGACAGGCCCUUAGUGGCCAAACUCUCUGUACAUAAACACAGCUUUCAGCAUUUACACUAACUUUUAUACAACAAACACGUAGUAGUAGGUGUGAGCGGAGACUGAGACAACCUGUAGACUUUUCCAUGAACAGAUAACCACUCAGGCUUUCAGCGAUGGAACACGUGCUCGAGUGUCUUACCGUGCUGAAGGAGAUUUAGGUAACUGUGGUCAAAUACAGGGUUAGAAUCUGGGUUUUUACACACUAUGGGGUAUGGGUGGGGUGGAGCGGGGUAUGGGUGGGGUGGUGGUAGAGAUCAGAAGCAGCAUUAAUAGAGUUGUUGACAUGAAGAGGGUUAUCUGCAGAGCGCCAGGCCAUCUGUUCUUUCCACACUCGCACUCCACUGAACACCGCGUCAGUCAGCAGUGGGCUUCAUGUUGGUCAUUAACGCUUAGCCGGAAGCACAACAGUAAAGCUGACCACGUUUAUGAGACAGAAAGACUUUCAGGCGUGUUUUCCUGGGAGGCUGGUUAUGAACUAUAAAAAAAAGAAAACUGAGAAACAUGACAUUGAUCUUCAGUUACGUUAAACAAAACUAAGUUUCCUUUUCACACUGAAGCAAAACAAAGCAUUCAACAGUAGAGCUGGGCAAAAUGUCUGAGUAACAGUUCUGACAAUAAUGAAGAAUAAUUUGCUUAUGAGCUCUCUAUUGUCCGUAACUGUGUUCACAUCAGAUAACUGUGCUUCAAGUGCCGACUGUUUAACUGAGAAUCAGUCAUUUCUACCCCCAGGCUGUCUAUGUUCGGCUGCUGAAUUACCCUGAUAAACAAUGGAAAUAUCAGUAACUAUGAAAAAUAUCACCCAGCUCACUCUGAUCAACAAUGUCUUAUAGGGUCCCAUUUACAAAACAGUAUGAUUAACAUCAGAUUUUCACGUUCAGUUGAUUGUAACUUGUGCUGAAAGCUUCACUGCCAUCACUACUGAUGGUUGCAUUAUUCACCAAGGUGUGUUUGAAGACUUUUUUUUUCUGCCUUUGUAAUUGGUUCUGCACUGUUAUCAAUUGAAUGCACUAAUAAGGAGCAAGAUACCUCAUUUUCUAUAGAAUCAGAUGCCAGAGUUAGUUUAAGCACCCUGAAACGCUAAUAAACAGGAUGUGACCAUCGGACAGGAUGUAAAGCUGUCCGAUGGAGAAAAGCUGAGGCUUAUUCUUAAAAAACAAAACACACACACAAAAAAAAAAAAAUGUCAACAACUCUGCUUUUAUCAUUUCAGAUUAAAGGGGCAGUAAUGCAACAUACUCACGUAAUGUUCAGCUGCACUGAAGAUCUGUUCAUGCAUCGUAAACCACUGUCAUGUCUGUGUGAUGUUACUAAUGAACUGGAUGUGGAUUGAGGCAGAUAGGUGCAGGCAAGAUUUUAGCUGAGUCAGCUACCAAAUGUUUUAGCUGAUCGACCACAACUCGAUUUAAUUGGUCACCAAACGAACCACAAACUCUUUUAAGUGACAGGUUCCAUACCCUGCAAUCAGAGAAGCCCCUGUCCUGCACAUUAGGGUUUUCCGGAUCUGGAACCUGUGAUUUAAGGCUAUGAUUAAUACACACCGAGUUUACAUUGAGGUGAUUUGUAAACAAAAAAUAUUGUGCCUGCUUUGCCAAAACCACCCAUGUGACACUCCUCAUGGACGAAGCUCGGUUUAUUUAACAUGUAUGCAGUCUAGCAGAAACUCGAGAUCAAAUCUAGAUCUCACAAGAAGCUCGGUGCAUCGUUCUUGAGAUCAGUUUAAUGGAUUGGUCCACACAAGGAGAAUGUCAUGGUGCAUGUGUAGAGCUAACAGCAUCACUGAGUCAGUGACCCAGUUUCUAUUUGUACUUCCUUUCUAUAUCUAUUUACACUAAAUCUUAGUUACAUAAAGGCUGGAUAUUAAAAGGUCAUGGUUCCUUUGCAUUAAAAUGGGUUAAUUGUUUAUGUGUGUAUAUAUAUAUGACCAAAAUGUAUAAGUUAGCCCAACAUGGUGUGUGAAAGUAGACGGACAUUAUCUGUAACACAAGCCUUAGACGAAGGAUAAAAACUUCUGAUUAAAGAAAUACGCGCAGCGAGACCUGUUGCAUUGUGGUACUUCACAGCAGAAUGUAUUUUAGUGUUCUGACCAGAAUACAAACACAUAACAAGCUGUAGGAUUUUAAUGAAACAGCAAAUCCAGAACAUCACGAAACAGGAAGAACACGCUGCACUGUUCCCCAAUACCGCACUGCCUGCUUUUGCUCUUUGACACACGCAUACACACGGCUUAUCUGCCCUUUAACAAACCCUUCAUGAUUUUAAAAUGGAAACAUCAACACAGGGAGACACUGAAAUCAGCAGUGCAGCAUCAGAAUUAUUAAACACUAGACAAAAGUAUGCAGGUGAGUCUUUAGUCUCCCUUUUCAAACAUAGUUUAAAUACACAAAGGAGGUGG